AUGAGCGCAGCUAUUCAAGACGUUUCUGGAAAGACUUUCGACUAUGUCGUCAUCGGUAUUCAUCUUUUCUCAGGGCUUACAAUUGCAGCUCGUCUGUCCGAGGAUCCGCAUAUUUCAGUUGUAGUGCUCGAAGCCGGGCUCGAGCGGAUUGGAGAUCCAAACAUCGGCAAGUCUAUCAAGCCGUUGUUCAACAUUCCCGCUCAGCACGGUAUACAUCUCGGUGAUCCAUGUUAUGCUUGGGACUUUUCAACCGUCCCUCAAAUGCAUGCAAAUAAUCAUUCAAUUGCAUGGCCUCGUGGAAAAGUACUUGGUGGAAGUUCUGCCAUUAACUUCUAUGUCUGGAACAAACCGCCCGCAGCAGAUAUAGAUGCGUGGGAAGUAUUGGGAAACCCUGGUUGGAAUUGGAGCCGAUUUAACGAGUAUUCGAAGAAGUGCGAGGGGUUCUCAGUUCCGGACAAAGAAUUAUCAAAGAAAUACAGGCAGGAAUACAAUGUCGAUUCGUAUGGCUCUUCAGGACCUAUUAAAAUAACUUUCCCAUCUGUCGUAGCUGAACCGGAGAUUCCGUUCCAUCAGGCAUUGCUCAACGCAGGUAUCAAAGUUGCAAAAGAUCCGAAUAACGGUGAUCCAAUUGGAACAUGGAUGGCUCCAUGCAAUCUUGAUCCCAAGUCACAUACUCGGAGCUACGCAGCAACAGCAUUCUAUCGUCCUAACGCGACAAGGCCUAAUCUUCGGGUCCUUUGCGGUGCUCUAGUUCAUCGCGUCGUCACGGAUAGGACAAUUUAUGAAGAUGUGUCAGACAAUCUAGUGAAAGUUUGUGCUAUUGAGUUCGAGUAUGAGGGGAACGUUCAUUCUGUUUCUGUCGCCAGAGAGGUUAUUGUAAGCGCUGGUGCCUUGAAAUCGCCUCAAAUCUUGGAGUUGUCCGGAAUCGGAAACAAAAACAUUUUAGACCACCUCGGAAUAGAGUCAAAAAUUAAUCUUCCGGGAGUCGGGGAAAACAUGCAGGAACACUUUUAUAGUGGAGUGAUUUUCGAGUUGGACCCGAAGUACGGCUUUGAGACCCUUGACUCGUUCACCGAUGCAGCGUACAAGGAGGCACAGCUUUCCCUUCAUGCAAAAGGACAGGGCGCAUAUAGAACGAGUAUUUCCGGAUUCACGUUCCUCCCACUUUCAGCCGUUUCAUCUGUCGAAAAGGCGAGCGAAAUCAUUGCCAGAGAACGCGAGUGCAUUAAGAUUAAAAAGGAGGAGGGCUCUUUACCUCCGGGACUCUCCGAGCAGUUUGCAAAGUUAUUUGACUUCUUUGAGAAUGGUCCUGGAGGAGAGAGUGAAAUCGCCAGCUUUCCAGGAUGGUUUGGGAAAGGAUCACCUGAGCCAGGAAAGAAGUACAUUACUAUUCUACUGCUUUUGAAUCGCCCAUUCAGUCGUGGGACAAUCCAUGUUACUUCUAAAGAUCCUCAUGUUCAGCCCGAGAUGGAUCCCCAUUACUUUGAGGAACCCAUUGAUCUCGAACUUAUGGCUGAAACUCUCAAAUUUAUUCGGAAAGUUGCUGAAGUUGAGCCCUUUAAGGACAUUAUUUUACGCGAAGUUGCCCCAGGCCCCUCAAUCGGUGGUGACGGACCUAUCCAGGAGUAUAUCAAGGACAACAUUGGAUCAACGUUUCAUACUGCGGGCACACUAAGCAUGCUUCCACGUACUCUAAAUGGCGUGGUUGACGCAAAUUUACGAGUCUACGGUGCACAGAACAUUCGUAUCACAGAUCUAAGCAUUGUGCCGUUGCACGUUGCAGCACAUACACAAUGCACAGCUUACACGAUUGGUGAACAAGCCGCGGACAUUAUCCGCGGGCGCAUUCCCGAAGUCAGAAACAUCUAA